AGCCCGACAGUCGGGCAGUCUCCGAUUCUCCGACUCCGACUGACGUUUCAAAACACGAGGAUGCAAACGUCGUCGUCCGUCGUCUCGUGAUCGUGGGAAGCGACGGGCAAUGUCGCGGUGGUUGCCGGAGUAACGUCGCGUAAAAUGAGACGGCAUGUCCCGUUCGGCGCGACUCCUUAGCGGGCUGCUCGUCCUCCUCCCGGUGAUCGCGCUGUCCGAUGGCGCGGACACGUACGAGGUCGACUGCAAUAACCUACGAAUGGGGCAAUACAUCUGUCCUCAUCCCGAUUAUGAUUUCAUAGAUCCGAAGACGCAGCAGCCGCGCGGCUGCACCAAGGAGAACAAGGCCAAAGUGCUGUGUCUAGCUGCCGAUCGCCUCAUCUGCAUAGAAACGAAGAAUAACACGUUCAAGAAGGAUAUACCAUGCAAAUGGACAAAUGGAUAUUCCUUUGAGACGUCGUUGCUGCUGUCGAUAUUUCUCGGUAUGUUCGGCGCGGAUCGAUUUUACCUCGGAUAUCCCGCCCUGGGCCUGCUCAAGCUAAGCACGCUGGGAUUUCUCUUCCUUGGCCAGUUCGCCGACGUGAUUCUGAUAGCCACGCAAAUCGUAGGGCCGGCGGACGGUUCGCACUACGUGAUGCCAUAUUACGGUGCCGGAAUAAACAUCAUAAGGAGCAACAAUUUUACGUACAGAGUGCCACAAUACGACUGCUGAGAGAAACCGGCAUACCCGAAGCGCAUGAAUGACGACUUCUCUAAAAAAUAUAUAUAUAUAAUUGUAUAAUAGCUUCUGCUUCUGUCGCGAGCAACGAUGUAUAAAUCCUAGAGUGGAGUCCUAUUUCGUUUUAUAUAUAUUUCAAUGUAAAUUAAUCUUUGUAUUCUAUUCUAAUAGAUAAGCCGAACGUGUUAACUUGUAGAUAUUCGUCUCUCUCAACGAAAAAUACUGUAUAUAUAAAGAUUUACUACUGAUUUACGUAUUGUCAAUUGAUAUAAUUAAAUAAUAAACUUUGUUUUUAUUUCUAA